CUGAAGCGUAUACAUUGAGAUAUGUAAUUAUGUAUCAUCAUCAUCAUCAUCAUCAUAAUAUAUAUAUAUGUGUGUGUGUGUGUGUGUCCUCCGAGCAUGUGCGCCACCGUAUUCGGCGGCGACGGAAGAACUAAGCUCUGCCCGCAGCCCAUCUUCUCUUCCACCUUUGCUUCUUAAAUCCUCAAGUCUGAACCAAUCUAAACCCAACCCAGAGAUUCUCUCUCUCUCUCUCUCUGACACCAACCCUACAUAUUUCUUGAAAGAAAACAUGUCUCGGAUUCUCUCUGUUUCGUCAACUUCCAUUUUACAGCUAAUAAUCAUCCCCCUCUUAAGUUAUUGAUAACAGAACGAAGAUAUCUUCACUGUGUUCUUUCAUCUCAUUGUCGGAUUCUCUCUGAUUACUACUGGGUUUUGAGCUCCAUUUGAUUCGCCAUGAUCACUGGAAAGGACAUUUACGAUGUUCUUGCAGCGAUUGUACCGCUGUACGUCGCCAUGGUUCUAGCUUACGGUUCAGUCCGGUGGUGGAAAAUCUUCACGCCGGACCAGUGCUCUGGCAUCAACCGUUUCGUUGCAGUCUUUGCCGUGCCCUUGCUUUCCUUCCACUUCAUCUCCUCCAACGAUCCCUACUCCAUGAACUACCACUUCAUCGCCGCCGACUCGCUGCAGAAGGUCGUGAUUCUCACGGCUCUCUUUCUAUGGCAGGCCUUCAGCAAAAACGGCGGCCUCGAGUGGAUGAUCACGCUGUUUUCGCUUUCCACUCUCCCAAACACUCUCGUCAUGGGAAUUCCUCUUCUGAAAGCGAUGUAUGGAGAUUUCUCGGGGAGUUUAAUGGUUCAGAUUGUGGUUUUGCAGAGCGUGAUUUGGUAUACCUUAAUGCUGUUCUUGUUCGAGUACAGAGGCGCGAAACUUCUCAUUGGUGAGCAGUUUCCGGAGACUGCCGGCUCGAUCACGUCCUUCCGGGUGGAAUCCGACGUCGUUUCGCUUAACGGGCGGGAACCGCUCCAAGCCGACGCCGAGAUCGGCGACGACGGCAAGCUCCACGUUGUGGUGCGUAGAUCGGCAUCGUCGUCGGUGAUUUCGUCGUACAAGUCCCACGCGUUGAAUUCCAUAACCUCGAUUACUCCGCGAGCGUCGAAUCUCACCGGCGUCGAGAUCUACUCGGUACAAUCUUCGCGAGAGCCGACGCCUAGAGCUUCGAGCUUCAAUCAGAUGGACUUCUACGCCAUGUUCGCGAGCAAGGCGGCGAGUCCGAAGCACGGCUACACGAACAGUUUUGGGGGCGACGUUUACUCGUUGCAGUCGUCGAAGGGGGCGACGCCGAGGACCUCGAAUUUUGAAGAGGAGAUGCUGAGAAUGGCGAAUAAGAGGGGAGGGAGGAGCAAAAGCGGCGAGUUGUUUACUCAGUUUCCAUCGUAUCCGCCGCCAAAUCCAAUGUUUUCCGGCUCCACCAGCGUGGGGCCGAGGAAGAAGGAGGGCAGUAGUGGUGGCGCAGCCCCGGCGAACAAGGAGCUUCACAUGUUCGUUUGGAGCUCAAGCGCUUCGCCGGUGUCGGAGGGGAACCUGAGAAACGCAGUGAACAGAGCUGAGUCGACAGAUUUUGCCACCAUUGACGCUUCCAAGGCUGUUCUUCAACAAGAGAUUGCUUCCUCAAAAGGGAUGAAUGAUUUGAUGGAAAAUGCGAGUCAAGCAAAGUUGAUGAAUGGGAACAAAGAGAUAGAGAUGGAGGUGGAGGGAUCGAAUUUUCCGGCGAGUGGGUCUCCCUUCACGGGGCAGAAGAAGGUGGUGAGCACGGAAGAAGGAGAAGGAGAAGGAGCCGGCGGGAAGAAGCAGCAGAUGCCGCCGGCGAGUGUGAUGACGAGGCUCAUACUGAUCAUGGUAUGGAGGAAGCUUAUAAGAAACCCUAACACCUAUUCAAGUCUUCUCGGCCUCAUCUGGUCUCUCAUCUCCUUCAGGUACAACAUUCAAAUGCCAUCCAUCGUGCGUGGUUCAAUAUCGAUUCUAUCAGAUGCAGGUCUAGGAAUGGCUAUGUUCAGCCUGGGUUUAUUUAUGGCUUUACAGCCGAAGAUCAUAGCCUGCGGGAAAUCGGUGGCAACCUUUGCAAUGGCGGUGAGGUUCUUGACUGGCCCAGCAGUCAUCGCAGCUACCUCCAUUGCUAUAGGCCUUCGUGGGGUUCUUUUACAUAUUGCCAUUGUCCAGGCUGCUCUUCCUCAAGGGAUUGUUCCCUUCGUAUUUGCAAAAGAGUACAAUAUCCACCCAGACAUUCUUAGCACCGCGGUUAUCUUUGGGAUGCUGAUUGCUUUGCCCAUUACAGUACUCUACUACGUGCUGCUUGGCCUCUAAGCUGUGGUGACAAAGAGGGGAAAGUUAAAUUUAUAUAUUAUUAUUAUUAUGUAUAGCUGCAGCAAGUCAAGUCCAAGGAAAUUAAAUUAAGGAGCCACUGGAUUCAGUGCAGAAAUUAAAUACUACGGCGAACACAGUUUUGGUUCUAAUUAAUCUUUCGAAUUAAGUUUGUUUUUCUAUUUUCAUGUGGUGUAAGUUUAGUACCCCCAACAGAUAAGCCAGUUUGAGCUAGAUUAUUAUUCUUAAUUAAAAUAGUGGAAAAACAUAGAAUUAUUCAUCUGCUUGCUACUUAAU